AUGAUAACACAGCAUAAUGAAUAUAAUUCUGGUGGUGAAAUUGCCAUAUGGUUGUUGAUAACAGUUGGAGCUUUACUCGUACCAAUAAUCGUGAUAGCCAUUUGUUGUAUUCGUAGACACUUACUAAAAAAUCCACCGGUAAAAUUGAUGGAGGACAGGACUACGACUACGACUACGAUGAACAAAUCGGCGGUAACGGGUCUACGUACGUAUAGCGGCCCAUAUAGUGGAUCACAUGAAAAAACUGAUUCCAUUGUCUCUACACCAAAACAAAACUGUAACACUAAUUUAUCAAGCAUUAAUAAUCUAGAUUCAUUGUCAAAAAAUGGUUCAUUAAAAAAACAACAUGUACAUUGGCCAGAUGGUCGUUCAAUUAUUUCUCCUAAGCAAGACUGUAAUAAUGAAACAUUAAAUAUUAACAAUAAUAAUAACGAUAUUUCCAAUAGAUCAUCUGAUUUUAUUUUAAAUGAUUUAAGAACAAUUAAAAACAAACAAUUUUCUCCAAAAAAACAACUGUGUCCAUUGAAUACUGAACAUUUGUAUGAAAAUGGUGGUAUUAUUUUAAAUAUAACAAAUUUUGACUCGCUAUUAACUCGUCCAAACUUACCAACAGUACCAUCAACUCUAUCGUAUCUAAUUCAAUCAGCUGUACUGCCCAUCAGUUCAACACUCGCUGGACGUACUCUAAUCAACUAA